AUGCAAAUACGCGACUUCCUCACGAUGAAAACUACGGCCGCGAUUUUGGCCAUGCUUGGCCGAACGCGUGAGCGCAGGUGGGGACACGUGUUCGGCAGCUAUAGUAUCAAUGCACUCCAGCUAGCCCUUCGCUUCGCUGGCCACGAUUUGAUCAACCUCAUUAAGCUCAGCCGAGAGAUGGAAGGCCUCAAGAAGUUCCUGAUCGAGAAAGUCUCGCCGUCUGAGCGCCAUCGACCCAUGAUCAUUGGCUUGCCACCCGGACAGUCCAACGGCUUUUACCAUGCCGUUAGCCGCGUGUACAUUAACGGCACCUACCGGAUCAUUAACUCCGAUCAUUACGGCCCCGUUAAGUCUACCGAAGCCGCGCUGAAGAAGUUCCUGCGGCGUAUUGACAUGGUGUACUGCAUCGAAGAGCGCCAGCCUUUCAACGGAUAG